CCGAUACGGCGGGAGCGCGCAGUACCGCCGCGGCGCGCAUGCACAGCUGUCAGCACCAAGGACAGCAGCCGCUCAGCCCGGAGCGACCAGCCAGCCAGCGACGCAGCGGUGUGAUCAGUCCGCACAGAGCGCACGGAGCAGCGGCUGGAGGGAGCGAUACACACCCCGGAGAGGAAGCCGCCUGGAAGCGUGGACAAUGCUUUGACUCUUUAAACCCGAUAGGGAGGUUUUAGCAAUUCUGCAGAGAAAGACGGGGGGAGAAAAGAAAAAAAAGCUGGACAAUGCGGUUUGAACGUCCCUGGUUGACAGGCUGCCCCUAAUAUGAUCAUGGACAUUCCUCCGCAUUGCACAUAAAUCCACCUAUUUUUUUUUUUCAGUUUUCUCCUUCCUUCCUUCCUUUUUUUUUCUUUUUUCUUUGGCCUCCCUCCCUUUGCUCACGCCGCCCACCUGGAUCGUGUCUGCAGUCGCGCAUUUCAACUGGCUUGAGCCGUGCCGCUGUCCAGAAGCUGGUCGAGCCGACCCGCCACCGGGGAGAAAAGCGACCGGGCUGCACUGCUCCGUUUGGUGGUCCGCACGAUGCGUCUGUUUCUGCUGGCGGUGCUCCUCUCGUGCUCCUGCGCGCGGGCCGGCUGCGAGCCGAAAAUCGUGAACAUCGGGGCCGUCCUGAGCCAGAAGAGAUACGAGCAGGUCUUCAAAGAUGCCGUGACCCAGGCCAACCAGGUCUACGGCAGGGACAAAUUCAAGCUGACCGCCAUCUCCGUCACGCACAAGCCCAACGCCAUCCAGAUGGCUCUCUCCGUCUGCGAGGACCUCAUCUCCAGUCAGGUCUAUGCUAUCCUGGUGAGUCACCCUCCCCAGUCCAAUGACCACCUCACUCCAACGCCUGUCUCCUACACUGCAGGCUUCUACCGCAUCCCUGUGGUUGGGCUCACCACCCGCAUGUCCAUCUACUCAGACAAGAGUAUCCACCUGUCCUUUCUACGGACAGUCCCUCCCUAUUCCCACCAGGCGCACGUGUGGUUUGACCUAAUGCGCGAGUUCAACUGGAACCACAUCAUCUUGAUAGUGAGCGACGACCACGAGGGGCGAGCUGCCCAAAAGAGGCUCGAGACCCUCUUGGAGGAGAGAGAAACAAAGGCAGAGAAAGUCCUCCAGUUCAGCCAGGAGACUAACUUAACUGCCCUGCUGCUGGAGGCGAAAGAGCUGGAGGCCCGAGUCAUCAUCCUGUCCGCCAGUGAGGAAGAUGCUGCUGCAGUGUACAAGGCUGCCCGCUUCCUCAACAUGACGGGCUCGGGCUACGUGUGGCUGGUGGGCGAGCGGGAGAUGUCGGGUAAAGCCCUGAGCGAGGCGCCAGACGGUCUGAUCGGCCUCCAGCUCAUCAACGGGAAGAAUGAGUCAGCCCAUAUCAAUGAUGCGGUGGCUGUGGUGGCUCAGUCCAUUCAGGAGCUCUUUGAGAAGGAGAAUAUCACAGAACCACCGCGAGGUUGCGUGGGCAACACCAACAUCUGGAAAACAGGGCCACUCUUUAAACGGGUGCUGAUGUCAUCUAAAUACCCAGAGGGCCUCACGGGUCGUGUGGAGUUCAAUGACGAUGGAGACAGGAAGUAUGCCCACUACAGUAUACUGAACUACCAGAAGAGUCGACUCAUUCAAGUCGGCAUAUACAAUGGAACACAGGUGGUAAUGAACAAUCAGCGGAAGAUCAUCUGGCCCGGAGGAGAGACUGAGAAACCACAGGGCUUCCAGAUGUCCACUCGAUUAAAGAUAGUGACGAUACACCAGGAGCCAUUUGUGUAUGUGAAACCCACUCAGUUGGACGGGACGUGCAAGGAGGAAAUGACAUUAAAUGGAGUCUUAAUUAAAAAGGUUAUCUGCACUGGGCCCAAUGAGACCAUCCCAGGACGCCCAAUUGUACCCCAAUGUUGUUAUGGCUUCUGCGUUGAUCUCCUGAUCAAGUUGGCUAUGACCAUGAACUUCACCUAUGAGGUGCACCUGGUGGCUGAUGGGAAGUUCGGAACUCAAGAGCGGGUAAACAACAGUAACAAGAAAGAGUGGAAUGGCAUGAUGGGAGAGCUCCUGGGAGGCCUGGCUGACAUGAUUGUAGCCCCGCUGACUAUAAACAACGAACGAGCCCAGUACAUCGAGUUCUCCAAGCCCUUUAAAUAUCAAGGCCUCACCAUCCUGGUUAAAAAGGAAAUCCCUCGCAGUACACUGGACUCGUUCAUGCAGCCGUUCCAAAGCACGCUGUGGCUGUUGGUGGGUCUUUCGGUGCAUGUGGUGGCGGUGAUGCUUUACCUACUAGACCGGUUCAGCCCGUUUGGAAGAUUUAAAGUAAACAGUGAAGAAGAAGAAGAAGAUGCCCUCACCUUAUCAUCUGCUAUGUGGUUCUCCUGGGGAGUGUUGCUGAACUCUGGAAUAGGAGAAGGUGCGCCGCGCAGCUUCUCAGCGAGAAUCCUGGGCAUGGUGUGGGCUGGAUUUGCCAUGAUCAUUGUAGCUUCUUAUACUGCCAACCUGGCUGCCUUCCUGGUGUUGGACCGGCCUGAGGAGCGCAUCACCGGCAUCAAUGACCCAAGGCUGAGAAACCCAUCGGACAAGUUCAUCUAUGCCACAGUGAAGCAGAGCUCUGUGGACAUCUACUUCCGGCGGCAGGUGGAGCUUAGCACCAUGUACCGCCACAUGGAGAAGCACAACUAUGAGAGUGCCGCCGAGGCUAUCCAGGCCGUUCGUGACAACAAGCUGCAUGCUUUCAUCUGGGACUCUGCGGUGCUGGAGUUUGAAGCUUCGCAGAAGUGCGACCUGGUGACCACGGGAGAGCUGUUUUUCCGUUCGGGCUUUGGCAUAGGCAUGCGCAAGGACAGCCCCUGGAAACAGAAUGUGUCCCUGGCCAUUCUCAGUUCUCAUGAGAACGGCUUCAUGGAAGACCUAGAUAAAACCUGGGUGAGAUACCAGGAGUGUGACUCAAGGAGCAAUGCCCCAGCCACACUCACCUUUGAAAACAUGGCAGGUGUCUUCAUGCUGGUGGCUGGAGGCAUUGCAGCCGGGAUCUUCCUCAUCUUUAUCGAAAUCGCCUAUAAGCGCCAUAAAGACGCCCGCAGGAAGCAGAUGCAGCUGGCCUUUGCGGCCGUCAAUGUCUGGAGGAAGAACCUGCAGCCCUCUUCCUCUCUAGAGACUCAGGAUGAUAGGAAAAGUGGUAGAGCAGAGCCCGACCCCAAAAAGAAAGCCUCUUUUAGGUCCAUCAGUACCACCCUGGCCUCCAGCAUCAAGAGACGUAGGUCCUCCAAAGACACGCAGUACCCACCCACUGACAUCACGGGCCAACUCAACCUGUCUGACCCGUCUGUCAGCACCGUGGUGUAAAGAGAGGGAGACACUGACGUUCGCUCCCUGAGGAGAGAGGAAACGAGACGAGGAGGGAGAGGAGGGGAGGGGAAGAGGAAAGGGAGAGCCCAUCUCCUCGUUCCCUUCGCCGUCGCAGCCGAUGCUUUCAUUUCACCGCCUGCCAACGGAGCUUUGGAGGAAACUGCUUGCCGAAGACGUGGCUGAAAGAACACUGAACUUGCACCUUUUUUUUUAAAGUCAGGAUUACCUGGCGUUAGAUGUUUGUAGGGUCCCUGAGCAUGCACAGAAGAACCCAUCUGACUCACAUAUACAAUCUUUUCCUUCUGUAUGUUAUUAGCUAACUUAUUUAACCUUGUUUUAGUCCUUUUACUCACAGAAAUUUACUUAAUGUUUGAUGUUACCUACUUUUCAAAUUUACUGACCAGCUGUAUAACUUUAGCAAGCCAGGUUUAGUUUGGUUAAGUAAACGGAUAAAUUAGUUUUGGUGCAAGUACUGUACUCGACAUAUCACUUUCAAUUAGGGCUUAGAUACCAUAGUAAUAUCUAGUUUUUUUUUAACAACAUAUACUGCAAUACAAGAUGUACUGUAAGCUUCAAUGGAUAUAAGUAUUUUUAAUAGGAACUACCUGUGUUUUUAUCUACAAGGUUUUUAAAUGAUGUUUCUUUCAUUUGGAAGCACUGAUCACGGCACUAAUGAUGAGGAUAGGACAUAAAAUGUUGUCUACCAGUGAA